UGCGAAGGGUUGUCGGCCUCUAGUCUAGUGACGUGUUGAGCGUUGGUUAGAAGACAGAUUAAAAAACAUUUAAUCAUAGAAAAAAAAAGAGAAACCUUUGGUCGUACUUCGUGGGUGGGGGGGAGGAAAUAGUAAUCAAAUCACACACGAUAGAUUGAGACUCUAAAUCCGUUUUACGCCAUUGAAGAAAGAUCUCACUUUCCUUCACUACUACUCUAAACCCCUUGAUCGAUUGAUUGAACCCAUUUUAACAAUCAUCGUCGUCAGAGUAGAAAGUUUAGAUCUUUUUUUUUUAAUAUUCUCAUUUUCCCCCAGUCGGUGCGGUGCUUCUGAGAUCUCUCGCUUAUCUUUUAUAGAGCAAAACAAAGACAAGAAUGGCGGAUCGGAUCGAGAUCUCGUUCCUUGAAACUUUCAUUUGCAGCGCUUUCGCUGCUUGUUUCGCUGAGUUAUUUACUGUACCUUUGGACACAGCCAAAGUAAGGCUUCAGCUCCAAAAAAAGAUCCCCACCGGGGACGGCGACAGUUUGCCCAAGUACAGAGGCUCUUUUGCUACUCUUUCCACCAUUGCUAGAGAAGAAGGUGUCUCCGGGCUUUGGAAAGGUGUUAUCGCUGGUCUUCACCGUCAGUGUAUCUACGGUGGUUUAAGGAUUGGUUUAUAUGACCCUGUCAAGACGUUUUUGGUCGGAAGUGACUUUAUUGGUGAUAUUCCACUUUAUCAAAAGAUUCUUGCAGCUUUGUUAACAGGAGCAAUAGCUAUUAUAGUAGCUAAUCCAACUGAUCUUGUGAAAGUUCGGCUUCAGUCAGAAGGAAAGUUACCGGCUGGGGUUCCUAGGCGUUAUGCUGGAGCUGUUGAUGCUUAUUACACCAUUGUCAAGCUUGAAGGAGUUGGUGCGCUGUGGACAGGGCUUGGUCCUAAUAUAGCAAGGAACGCUAUUGUGAACGCUGCAGAGCUAGCUAGUUAUGAUCAAAUCAAGGAGAUAAUUAUGAAAAUUCCAGGCUUCGGAGACAGUUUUCUAACUCAUAUGUUAGCUGGUUUAGCUGCAGGAUUCUUUGCUGUCUGUAUCGGUUCCCCAAUUGAUGUGGUGAAAUCUAGAAUGAUGGGAGACUCUACUUACCGAAACACAAUCGAUUGCUUCAUCAAAACCAUGAAGACCGAGGGAAUCAUGGCCUUUUACAAAGGGUUCCUCCCGAAUUUUACACGACUUGGAACUUGGAAUGUUGUUAUGUUCCUCACACUAGAACAAGUGAAGAAAGUGUUUCUAAGAGAAGCGUUGUACGAUUGAUUCCGUAAUUCCUCGUUUUUUAAAAAAUAUACAUUUGUUGUUACAUAUAAAUUGAUUCUAAAAAACCUCGAAUUGUUAGAGCAUAUAUUAUACAUACUGAAUGAGACAGCGGGCGGGUUACAUGUUCCACUACGCCGAGAUGUAAGGUGCGUGCAUGAUGUGAAAUAUAGAAUCAUUCUUAUCCAACUUUGAUCUCUUUUUUUUUUAUCCAGAACUCUUUAAUUUGAACAGAGACUUUAUUUUAA